CGGCUCAGCCGAGGACCACGGCAGUUGACGCAAGCCCUACAGCCGGAAAGCUAGUGUUUACAAGAUGACUGCGCCUGCGAGGAACGCGCAAGGUAUGAUGUUCACCAAGACUGAGACGGAGUACAACAUGAAAUCUAUAAGGUUUCUGUUGUUGACCAUCACGGCUAUGUUCGUGGUGAUCGGGAUCAUGAUGAUCGUCCUCGGCAUCUCCGUGUACGGGCACUACCACAGCUUCACGUUCUUCUAUGACAGCGUCAAGAGCGGCCGGUUCAUGACGCCGUCGGUGAUGUGCGUGUUCAUCGGGUUCGUUCUGCUGGUCGUGUCGACCUUUGGAUUCAUGGGCAGCUUGAAACUGAGCACGUGUAUGGUCAACUUCUACGCGUUGAUCCUGUUGAAGAUUCUCAUCGUGAAGUUGGCGAUUGUCAUCCUGGCGUUCACGACAGGAUCUUCGGCUCUUAUGGGCUACAUCGACAUUCCCGUGGCACAGUACCCCGUAGACCGGGAAAUUCAGACUGAAAUCGACGCUUUGCAAGCUGGGAUCGGUUGCUGCGGUAGCAAUUCCUUCCUCGACUACAUCGGUAUGGAGUUCACUGACAGCCACAACACCUCCGUGGUGACCACCGAGGUGGACGGAGACAUUGUGAGCAUGGUGGUGCCCAGAACUUGCUGCGCGGGCAACAGUCAGGCCAUCUGCAACCGACUCCGCGCGACUGGAUGCAAGCAAGCUAUCGCGAACGCUAUCUCUCAGAAUGCUGCGGUCUUGGGCGUACUUGGGCUGUCAGUUAUGUUUAUAUUGGUCCUGGGAAUAACAUUCGCGUUGCUGCUGGCCCGUUGCAUCCGCAAGCUGAAGAGCGAGCGAGCCAUGAUGGCGUGGAAGAUUCGGGAGCAGCUCAUUAUAGCUCGCAUGGAAGAAGAAAGGAAGAACGACCCCACUCUUUACAUCACCCCAGCAGAGUCCAGUGUUGCUUAAUCUACGUAAAUUUGUACAGACAGCACAUUAAGCCUAGGCGCAGAUUUCCGACUUUGAGUUGGCCGUUUAGUCGGGCUGUUAAUCAGUAUGGACAUGUAUGAAAGUGCACACAUUACGGAUUUGGUAUCGGCCGAUUCUUCAUACAAAUUAGAAUCGGGCCCAACUAUCGGCCAACUAAAAGCCGAUAGUCUGCGCCUAGGCUAAGGCCUUGUUCAGACUCGCGCGGUAACCGCGCGGUUUGUGGGUGGUUCUCAUUGGCGAGGCUAUGAGGCGGU